UGAAUAUCACAUUGCUCUAAUGACAGAGCGAAUGUUGUAGGUUUUUAUGUGAACUUAAACAUGGCGGGUGCUGUUUUGUUUGAACGUGCAAGAUCUGUGUCAUCUUCAAAUGAAAGAGAAGACAGCAUUAGUCUUUUAAACAAAAUUAUUCAAGAACAAGAAGUAGCUGAAAAUGACGAAGAAAAAAUUCGUGCGAAGGAGCAAGGAAUCCUUCAACUCGGCGAGUUGUACAAGAAAGAGGGUAAGGCCAAAGACCUUGCGGAGCUAAUUAAGGCCACAAGACCAUUUCUUAGCCUGAUAAGCAAAGCUAAAGCUGCAAAAUUAGUGAGGUCUCUAGUAGAUAUGUUUUUAGAUCUCGAGGCUGGAAUAGGUAUUGAAGUACAGUUGUGCAAAGAAUGUAUUGAGUGGGCCAAGGAAGAAAGGAGAACAUUUCUUCGCCAGUCCCUGGAGGCCCGCCUUAUUGCAUUGUAUUUCGACACUGGCUUGUUUUCUGAAGCGCUCGCACUUGGUUCAACGUUACUUAGAGAGUUGAAGAAGUUGGAUGACAAAAAUUUGCUAGUGGAAGUUCAGCUCCUAGAAAGUAAAACUUACCAUGCUUUGAGUAAUCUACCUAAAGCUCGUGCUGCUCUUACUUCUGCUCGGACUACAGCAAAUGCCAUUUAUUGCCCACCAAAAUUACAAGCAGCAUUGGAUUUGCAGUCGGGAAUCCUACAUGCUGCGGAUGAACGUGAUUUCAAAACGGCAUAUUCUUAUUUUUACGAAGCAUUUGAAGGUUAUGACAGUGUUGAAUCUGGGAAAGCUUUGACAGCUCUGAAAUACAUGUUAUUGUCAAAAAUAAUGCUGGGCAAUCCUGAUGAUGUCCAGCAAAUCAUUAGUGGGAAGUUGGCGUUGAAAUACGCAGGUAAAGAUAUAGAAGCUAUGAAAUGUGUGGCUCAAGCCAGCCACAAACGUUCAUUAGCAGAUUUCCAACAGGCAUUAAAAACAUUCAAGGUGGAACUUGAGGAUGACGUUAUUGUGAAAGCCCACUUGGGAACCCUCUAUGAUAACAUGCUCGAACAAAACCUUUGUCGUAUUAUUGAACCGUACUCGAGAGUUGAAGUUGAUUACGUCUCGCAGUCCAUCAAGUUGUCGACUCAACAAGUAGAGAAAAAACUGUCACAAAUGAUUCUAGACAAGAAAUUCCAUGGAAUUCUAGAUCAGGGUGAAGGUGUGUUGGUUGUGUUUGAAGAAACGCCAGUGGACAAGACCUACGAAACUGCUCUUGAAACUAUUCAUAGUAUGGGGAAAGUUGUGGACACACUUUAUCAAAAAGCUAAAAAACUGUCCUAAAUUCUGUUUUGUGUUUGCUCAAGAACUAAAAAAUUUACAGAGCAGUGUUUGGCAAGAACUUUGCAGAUGUGAAUUCUUAUUCUGCUAAAUUAAUCCACUGUAAAAAAAUAUUGUGUCUUUGAAUAGUUGCAUCCAUUCUGAAAGAAUUUGUUUGGCUUGAUUUUUAAUAGCAUGCUUGUAGUUUCAAUAAACCAACUGUGGUAAACUUAUUAAACCAAAAUAAAGUUAAUUAUUCUAACAGGAUGGUGUGGCAAUAAUAAUUCUGUACACUUUUGGCUUUGUGAAUUAUUUCUAAAGUUUAGCCACAUGAACAUUGAUGUUGUAAACAAUGUUCUAUGUAGGAAAUCCUUUUUUAUAAUCUUUCAUUACAUUUAAUUUAUAGAUUAGUGUCAAUUUUUAUUAUUUUAUCCUUGCAUUUUAAUAAAGUUGUUGAAAUUAUUUGCUCGUGUGUCACAAAUCCAAGAACUUGGUUAGCUGGCAUAAAACAUGAAAACUUAACUAUUUUGUCCCCAUGUUUUGCACUUGUGGUCUAAAUGUCCUGCUUAAAAGGAGUGGUGGAAUUAAACAAUGCUGUAUUUGAAGUUCUCUAAUACAUCAUGUGUAUUUGUGUACAGUA